AUGCGAUACUAGUGGCGAUAAUGUGAACUAAAGAAAAUGGCCGCCGUGGGUGUACGGUGAUUACACACGGUUUUUGACAUUUAUUUGUAAACUCUGUUUUAAAUUUGUUUAAAAUCAUGGAAUUCGAUGCACAACACCGAAAAAGCAAUAAAAGUCGAGGAAAUUGUUGUGUAGAAGGAUGUUUUUCUAAAAUGCAUGAAAAUAAGAGCUUGAGUUUCCAUAAAGUACCUGCUCUCAGAAAGUGCAAAGUGUCAAGGAUUAAUAUUUUUGGAAAAGAAGAAUUAGUUGAUAAACGGACGAUGUGGUUAAAACUUCUAAAUGUUAAAGAUAAUAAAAAAUAUCUUCUUGUUUGUUCGAAGCAUUUCACCAAGGAGGAUUAUUUGUAUCCAGAAGUACACGCAGAAAACCGCGUAUUAAAAAAAAAUGCUGUACCGCAAAAAGUAAAAAAAUGUGAUUGCAAGAAAUUAUUAAAUGAUGACAAUAGGCAACAGAGAAUGAUGAGGAGAAGAUUAUUAAAAACGGAUUUAAAUAGUACGGAGGAAAGCGAAAGGACAGAAGUGCAAGAGCCCUUGGAAGAAUAUGUGCCACCUACGUGCAGUUUUGAAGAAGUGGAUCAACAUGACUCUGAUUGCGAAAUGCAUGAAAAACAAUUAAACAAUCUGGAAAUAUCGACAAGUAUUGAUGAAUUACAGGGAAAUAUCGAUUAUUCCAAUGUCGAAUUACAAAACAAUAAAGAAAAUAGAACUAAUGAUAUUGGAGUCCAAGUAUCAAGUGGGGACUUUACUUACACUCUAAAAUCUUUUAUUAAAACUGAAAAAGAUUUAAUGACAAUGUGUAAUAUAAAAAGUUUUAACAUCUUAAACAAGUUAGCAGAACUGAUUGAUAAUCAUUAUCCUACUAAAAAGAGAUUAUUAAACACUACAGAAAGCAUAGUAUUGACGACAGCAAAAUUAAAGCUAGAUAUAUCAUUUCAAGCACUUGGAGUAUUUUUUUAUCACAUUAGUGACGUGACGAUUAGAAAUAUAUUUUACGAAUAUGUUAAAAAAUUGUCAAGUAUUUUACAAUCUGUACUUGUUCGUGUACCUAAGGAAGAAAUUUUACAAAAUAUGCCAAAAUGUUUCGAAGACUUUUCUUCCACUACAUCAGUUCUCGAUUGCACGGAAAUAAAAAUACAGAAACCUAAAUGUCUAAAAUGCAGAAUAAAAUUUUACUCGCACUAUAAAGGCGAUUUGACUGUCAAAUUCAUGACUGAAGUUAGUCCAGCAGGGAUUAUUACAACUGUCAGUGAAUCCUUUGGGGGAAGAGCGUCGGAUAAAUGCAUUUUCAAUCAUACAGGAGUUCUUAACCAUUUGGAGAGCACGAGAGAUUCAGUAAUGGUUGAUAAAGGUUUUCUUAUCGAAGGUGAAUGUGAAAAAAGGAGAAUUAAUCUAAUAAGGCCACCAUUUUUGAGAAAUAAAAAGCAGUUACCUGAAAGAGAAGCAAAUAUAAACCGAAAAAUUGCCAGCGCCAGAGUACACAUCGAGAGAAUGAAUCAGCGCAUAAAACAAUUUAAUAUUUUAAAUAACAAACUACCAUGGCAUCUAAUAAAUUAUGUAGACGAUAUAUUUUGUAUUUGUUGUGGAUUAGCUAAUCUGGGAACACCCAUACUUGCUGAUGAUAAAUUUUAAUCUAUGUAUUUUUAUAUUACUUUUUUAAUUAAACAAAAUGUGACAAAAAAUAAAGAUAUUAAAUUAUGCGUAAUGAAUUUAUUAAAAUUCAAAUACAAAUGUACCUUUACAA